AUGGUGGUGGCACCUCCCGAUGUGGAGCACGGCUCCAGGGCGCAGGGCUUCAGUGGCUGCGGCCCCCCGGCCCUGGAGCACGGGCUCCGCAGCGGCCGCGCACAGGCCAGUCUCUCUGUGUCAGGCGGCGCGAGAGCUGNCCCUGCCCGCGGACGUCCGGUGUCCGACCCCAGGCAGGCCUUCCCGGCUAACCGUGUCUUGGUCCUCUCUGCAGGAGGCUUCGAUCGCUUUCAAGCCUGCUGCCCCGAUCUGUGCUCUGAGUCCCCGGUCCCCGCGAUGACGCCUGACAACAACGACAUGAACCGCUCCGACUCCAGGGCUCCCUCUUAUGACCAGGGUGGCCCCGUGGAGAUCUUGCCCUACCUCUACCUGGGCAGCUGCAGCCACUCGUCAGACCUGCAGGGGCUGCGGGCUUGCGGCAUCACCGCCGUGCUCAACGUCUCGGCCAGCUGCCCCAACCACUUUGAGGGCCUUCUGCGCUACAAGAGCAUCCCUGUGGAGGACAAUCAGAUGGUGGAGAUCAGCGCCUGGUUCCCGGAGGCCAUUGGCUUCAUUGACUCAGUGAAGAACAGUGGGGGCCGCGUGCUGGUGCACUGCCAGGCGGGCAUCUCGCGCUCCGCCACCAUCUGCCUGGCGUACCUGAUACAGAGUCGCCGCGUGCGGCUGGAUGAGGCCUUUGACUUUGUGAAGCAACGCCGGGGAGUCAUAUCCCCCAACUUCAGUUUCAUGGGGCAGCUGCUGCAGUUUGAGACUCAGGUGCUCUGUCACUGAGGCUGGGCCCCACCGUGCUGACCCCACCAGGGUGGGGGCUCACAAAGCUCUGAUUCCUGGGGACAGCUGGGGCCCCAGGUCCCCACGGCCCCUCCCACCUCAGGGACAGUGGCCCCUUUGGGGUUUGAGAAGCCUCCAGGAGGCACUGGAAACGCGGGGCUGCUGGACUUUCUCACCUGGUGCUCUUCUGCUGGGGGUUGAGGGCCAGCCCUCAUCCUCAUCCCGGAAGGAGGUUGGAAGGCGUGCCUGCUUCCCUCCUCCCCUGCCCCCUGGCAGAAACUAACUGGACUCUACACCCUCGACUCCCACUCGUCCCACCACCCCGUUGGAGCUCUUGGCAGCCUGAGGGCUUUGAGGAACAAGCUGUGACAACCAGGGCCCCUUUCUAGGGGGUGGUCCACCCCGGGGCCUGGAGCCUGAACCCUGUGCCGGGGCUCCGGGAAGUGACGCCGUUGCUGGGUCUGAACUUCUUGCUUGCGUGUGUGCGCAGGAGCGUUUCACGCCUGUGUUGGCGCUGGAAAGUUAUUUGUGUUCAACUGACAUUUAACACUCCCUCCUCCACUUCCUCCCAGCCCUGUGGGCAGCAGGGAGGGUGGGGGGUUUGGAAACUUAGCACUUUAUAUUUAUACGGAACAUUGAGGAUGUGUCAAUAAAAUAUUGUUUUGUUUAAGAAA